CUGAGAAUCAUUUACGGCGUAGAAGUUGAAUCCGAAAACGAUCCCAAUAUUGCCCUGGUAGAAGAGGGUGUUAGAAUCUUGUCAGUAUUAUCCAACGCUGGCGCAUAUCUUGUGGACGCCUUUCCAAUUUUGCAAUAUGUUCCCGCAUGGUUUCCGGGAGCUCAAUUCAAACGCGACGCUGCGAAGUGGAGG